ACCCAGUGCACGGCCCACAGAACGUGGAGAUUGUGGACAUCCGAGCCCGGCAGCUGACCCUACAGUGGGAGCCCUUCGGCUACACGGUGACCCGCUGCCACAGCUACAACCUCACGGUGCAGUACCAGUACGUGUUCAACCAGCAACAGUACGAGGCAGAGGAGGUCAUCCAGACCUCCUCCCACUACACCCUGCGGGGCCUGCGCCCCUUCAUGACCAUCCGGCUGCGGCUGCUGCUGUCCAACCCUGAAGGCCGGAUGGAGAGCGAGGAGCUGGUGGUGCAGACCGAAGAGGACGUUCCAGGAGCUGUUCCUCUGGAAUCCAUCCAAGGAGGGCCCUUUGAGGAGAAGAUCUACAUCCAGUGGAAACCUCCAAAUGAGACCAAUGGGGUCAUCACACUCUAUGAGAUCAAUUACAAGGCUGUUGGCUCACUGGACCCCAGUGCCGACCUCUCCAGCCAGAGGGGGAAGGUGUUCAAGCUCCGGAAUGAAACCCACCACCUCUUUGUGGGUCUGUACCCAGGGACCACCUACUCUUUCACCAUCAAGGCCAGCACAGCAAAGGGCUUCGGGCCCCCCGUCACCACUCGGAUCGCCACCAAAAUUUCAGCUCCGUCAAUGCCCGAGUACGACACAGACACCCCACUGAAUGAAACGGACACAACCAUCACAGUGAUGCUGAAGCCGGCUCAGUCCCGGGGAGCCCCUGUCAGCGUUUACCAGCUGGUUGUCAAGGAGGAGCGACCUCAGAAGUCACGGAGGGCAGCUGACAUCAUUGAAUGCUUUUCAGUGCCUGUGAGCUAUCGGAACGCCUCCAGCCUCGAUUCUCUGCAUUACUUUGCAGCUGAAUUGAAGCCUGCCAACCUGCCUGUCACCCAGCCAUUUACAGUAGGUGACAACAAGACAUACAAUGGCUACUGGAACCCUCCUCUCUCCCCACUGAAAAGCUAUAGCAUCUACUUCCAGGCACUCAGCAAAGCCAAUGGAGAGACCAAAAUCAACUGUGUUCGUCUGGCUACAAAAGCACCAAUGGGCAGCGCCCAGGUGACCCUGGGGACUCCACUCUGCCUCCUCACCACAGGUGCCUCCACCCAGAAUUCGAACACCGUGGAGCCAGAGAAGCAGGUGGACAACACCGUGAAGAUGGCCGGCGUGAUCGCGGGCCUCCUCAUGUUCAUCAUCAUCCUCCUGGGCGUGAUGCUCACCAUCAAAAGGAGAAGAAAUGCUUAUUCCUACUCCUAUUACUUGAAGCUGGCCAAGAAGCAGAAGGAGACCCAGAGUGGAGCCCAGAGGGAGAUGGGGCCUGUGGCCUCAGCCGACAAACCCAACACCAAGCUCAGCACCAGCCGCAACGAUGAAGGCUUCUCUUCUAGUUCUCAGGACGUUAACGGCUUCACAGAUGGCAGCCGCGGGGAGCUGUCCCAGCCCACCCUCACGAUCCAGACUCACCCCUACCGGACCUGCGACCCCGUGGAGAUGAGCUAUCCCAGGGACCAAUUCCAGCCCGCCAUCCGAGUGGCUGACCUGCUGCAGCACAUCACCCAGAUGAAGAGAGGCCAGGGCUACGGAUUCAAGGAGGAGUACGAGGCCUUACCAGAGGGGCAGACAGCUUCGUGGGACACAGCCAAGGAGGAUGAAAACCGCAAUAAGAAUCGAUAUGGGAACAUCAUAUCCUAUGACCAUUCCCGGGUGAGGCUGCUGGUGCUGGAUGGAGACCCACACUCUGACUACAUCAACGCCAACUACAUUGACGGAUACCAUCGACCUCGGCACUACAUUGCCACUCAAGGUCCAAUGCAGGAGACGGUAAAGGACUUCUGGAGGAUGAUCUGGCAGGAGAACUCUGCCAGCAUUGUCAUGGUCACGAACCUCGUGGAAGUGGGCAGGGUGAAAUGUGUGCGAUACUGGCCGGAUGACACAGAGGUCUAUGGAGACAUUAAAGUCACAUUGAUUGAAACAGAGCCCCUGGCAGAAUAUGUCAUCCGCACCUUCACAGUCCAGAAGAAAGGCUACCAUGAGAUCCGGGAGCUCCGCCUCUUCCACUUCACCAGCUGGCCUGACCACGGCGUCCCCUGUUAUGCCACUGGCCUUCUGGGCUUUGUCCGCCAGGUCAAGUUCCUCAACCCCCCUGAGGCCGGGCCUAUAGUGGUCCACUGCAGUGCUGGAGCCGGGAGGACUGGCUGCUUCAUAGCCAUUGACACCAUGCUUGACAUGGCUGAGAACGAAGGGGUGGUUGACAUCUUCAACUGUGUGCGUGAGCUUCGAGCGCAGAGGGUCAACCUGGUGCAGACAGAGGAGCAAUACGUGUUUGUGCAUGAUGCCAUCCUGGAGGCAUGCCUCUGUGGCAACACUGCCAUCCCUGUGUGUGAGUUCCGCUCUCUCUACUACAACAUCAGCAGGCUGGACCCCCAGACGAACUCCAGCCAAAUCAAAGAUGAAUUUCAGACCCUCAACAUUGUGACACCCCGUGUCCGACCUGAGGACUGCAGCAUCGGACUCCUCCCCCGAAACCAUGAUAAGAAUCGGAGCAUGGAUGUCCUUCCUCUGGACCGCUGCCUGCCCUUCCUCAUCUCGGUGGAUGGAGAAUCCAGCAACUACAUCAACGCGGCACUGAUGGAUAGCCACAAGCAGCCUGCUGCCUUCGUGGUCACCCAACACCCUCUACCCAACACAGUGGCAGACUUCUGGAGACUGGUGUUUGAUUAUAACUGCUCCUCCGUGGUGAUGCUGAAUGAGAUGGACACUGCCCAGCUCUGCAUGCAGUACUGGCCUGAGAAGACCUCUGGGUGCUACGGGCCCAUCCAGGUGGAGUUUGUCUCUGCAGACAUCGAUGAGGACAUCAUCCACAGAAUAUUCCGCAUCUGUAACAUGGCUCGGCCACAGGAUGGGUAUCGUAUAGUCCAGCACCUCCAGUACAUCGGCUGGCCUGCCUACCGGGACACGCCCCCCUCCAAGCGCUCUCUGCUCAAAGUGGUUCGACGGCUGGAGAAGUGGCAGGAGCAGUACGACGGGAGGGAGGGGCGCACUGUGGUCCACUGCCUAAAUGGGGGAGGCCGCAGCGGAACCUUCUGUGCCAUCUGCAGCGUGUGUGAGAUGAUCCAACAGCAAAACAUCAUCGACGUGUUCCACAUCGUGAAAACAUUGCGCAACAACAAAUCCAACAUGGUGGAGACCCUGGAACAGUAUAAAUUUGUAUACGAGGUGGCACUGGAAUAUUUAAGCUCCUUUUAGCCCAGUGGGAUGAGGAACCUGCUGGAGUCCAGAGGCUGCUGCGGCCAAGCCCCCUUUUCUGUGGAUGGCAGUGACUGGGCUAAGGGGCUCA